UUAUGGUUGGAAAGCGUCCACACGUUUUUCCUUCUCCAUUCAACAAACUCAACGUAGAAAAGUCAUCAAAAUCCAAAUUCAACCAUCACGCACCUAUAUAUUCACUCUUUCUCCAUGAUGGCCAUAAAAGUUCCAAGAUUUCAAUUGCAACAAGAUAUCCCACCUGCUUAAUUCUCAAUAGUUGCACUUCAUUUUUUCGCAAAUUAGUAAUAACAUGGGUGGGACAGGUACGAGAAGCGAAGCAAAAAAGCGAAGCAAGCUCGUGGUAAUUUUGUUAGCGCCCUUCACAGUUCUUAGGAAGGCUGGGAACUUUUACAUGAAGUUCGUGGCAGAUUGCUCUGAUAUGGUUGGGAAUGAUUAUAAUGGUAUGGUAGGUGGACCGACAGCUCAAAUGUCAACCUUGCCUAAGAGUUUCAGCAGUAAUUCCAUGAGAGAAAGCAGUAUAGGAUACUCAGCUUCAGGGAGGAGAAGUGGGCCGUUACAAUCAGCUUCAGGGAGGAGAAGUGGUGUGAUUUCAGAAUCGGCUUCAGGGAGGAGAAGUCACGAGAUGCAGCCAGAUAUGCAUUACAGGGAAGCAGGAGUCAUGAGAAGGGAGAGCACCAUGAGAUAUUCUAAUGGAAUGGCAAUGAGGAGCUAUAGUGUUGGGAUAGGAAAGAUUGGCAAAAUCGAAGAGGAGAAACCUUGUUCAUUUAGAGAGGAUGAUGAAGAUGACAAGGUAGAUGUGUUUCCUAGAAGUAGAAGCCAUGCGGUUACAAGGAAUAAAGGUGCCUAUUACUAGUGAAAUUAAGAGCGUUGGAGGGUAUUCACUCAGGUUUAAUUACAUGAACUUGAUUAAUCAUUGUGGUUAAUUAAUUUCUUCUUCUUUUUUGCUUCCUUGUUUCCACUUGUAAAAUAUGUAAUACGAUGCGACCACAAGAAAAUGGUCAAGGUGUGAGAGAUACUUCUUCGUACAA